UGAGUAAUUUUAUAGGUAUAAUAGAAGGUGGUAGUAUAUUUAGACAGACCAAUACAAGGCUACUUGUUCAUAAAUUAUAAAGUUGCUAACUAUGGCAGAUGUAGUAAUGAAUUUGCUUGUGGAGAGCUUGUUUCAAGUAAUAAGUGAUAAAAUAGAGGCGAUUGGAGGUGCAAAGGAUGAGUUGAAGAAUCUGUUGCAAGACAUUAACACACUGAAAGCAUUUCUGAAGGAUAAUGAUGAACAAGCUGAGAGCAACAGCAAUUUGUGGAAGAUAUUUGUGAAGAAUAUUCGAACACAAGCGUAUAAAGCUGAUGAUGUUAUUGACAAAUUUGUACUUGAGACCAAACUGGAUGAAGAAAAAAGUAUAUGGGAAUGGCUUUUUGAUUUCUGUAGCCAUAUGAAAAGAGUUGAAAAUCUUGCAAACAGUAUCAAAGAUAUACGUGACAGCGUCAGGACGAUUCGACAAGAAAAUCCACAGAUUUUCCAGCCCAACAGAACCAUAAAUCUUCCAACAACACUUGCAAGGGAGCCUCAGGAUACAUUCUUGGAGGUUAAAAAUAUGGUUGGGUUGACUGAAGAAGCAAAUGAAGUGAUGAAGCGGCUUCAGAUUGUUGGAGGAACAGAGGAGGUAGAAUGCAUAGCUAUUGUGGGUAUGACUGGACUUGGAAAAACCACACUGGCAAGAAAAUUAUGGAGUGAUUCUCAGAUUACAGAUAAAUUUUGCAAGAACAUUUGGGUUUCUGUCGGACAGUCGAACGAUCUAAAGAAUAUGCUUUUUGUGAUUCUCAAAUCAUCUACAGUACCUAAUGAAGAAUUUCGCUGUAAUGGUGAGAAUGAAUUAGCUAAAUUAAUAGCUAAGUUUGUGACUGAACAAGACAUGAGGUGUCUCGUUGUGUUGGACAAUGUGUGUGGUAGCGGACUUGUGAAUUUUUUCAAAAAUGUUCUCCCAGAAAACAACAAAGGACAUAGGAUCUUGAUGACCACUCGCCGCAGAGAUGUGGCAGCUAGUUGUGCAAGUAAGGAACCUUAUCAUCUCAAGUUUCUCGAUGGAGAAGACAGUUUUCGGUUGCUGGAAAAGAUAGUUUUUGACAAUGGAAUUAGGCAUAGGAAGGAUGAGUUAGUAGAGGUUGGUAAGAGUAUUGCAAGUAAAUGUGGCGGAUUACCACUUGCAAUAGAGGUAAUUGCUGGAGCUCUAAAAAAAGUUGAUCAGAGCGCGUAUUAUUGGAAAAGGGUAGAGAACAAUUUUUGGCAGUGUGUUGUGAGAGAAAAUGACACAUCAAGCUGCUGGAAAAUUGUGGAAGCCAGUUAUGGAAGUUUGUCCUCCGAAAUGAAGGCGUGCUUCUUGUAUUGCCUAGCAUUUCCGAAAGGCUAUGACAUCCCUUUUCAGAUGUUGAUUAGCUUGUGGAUGGCGGAGGGGCUAAUAGAGUCAAAUCCAAUAAAUUUCUCUUCCCCUAAGGACAAAGCAGAGGAUCAUUUGAUGGAGUUUGAGAAUUUGAACCUUGUGACUGUGUCGAGAGAGAUUACUGGUUCGAUCAAAAAGAUCAAAUGUAAUGAAAUAUUCUAUGACUUCUACAGGAUGGAGGUGACUAAAGAAAGUGUUUUUCAACAGCUAGGUCAAACACAUGAUCUUCCAUCCAUAAACGAUCCAGAUAUUUCUCGUCGAUUGCAUAUUGAAUCCUCUCAUCUUUCGGAUUUUAUCUCCCAAAAUCCUAGUGCAGAACAUGUUAGAUCUUUCUUAUGUUUCCCCUCGGAUGAUCGUGUUGCUAAUGUCGACAUUCAACUCAUCCCGAAAGCAUUUCCACUUCUCAGGGUUCUGAAAAUUGAAUCAAUCAACAUACCCUCCUUGAAGAAUCUUGACCAACUAUUUCAUCUGAGGUACAUUUCUAUCUCAGGUAAUUUCACGGAACUUCCUGCAUUCUUUACUAAGUUUUGGAGUUUACAAUCUAUUAUAAUUAAUACGUCCCACCCCACUCUCGACGUAAAAGCAAACAUAUGGAACAUGUCAAAGUUGACGCAUUUGAAGACCAACAAACCUUCUAAAUUGCCUCUCCCUUCAACCCAAAAGGGAAAACGCUCCUCCUGCCCCCUGCAGACUCUUUCUAAGAUUUCACCUCAAACUUGCAACAAAGACGUGCUCGGAGAGGCUUCCAACAGCCUCAAAAAAUUGAGCAUACAAGGGAACAUAGAAGAUACUCUUAAAACGAACAGCGACAGAUUCAGCACGUUUGAAGGGUUUCAAACUUUUGAAAAGUUUGAGUGCCUGGAAAAUUUGAAACUGAUAAGUGAUGUCCCUUGCCAUAGUAACGCUUUUCAGCUUCCAAAAGUAUUAUUCAGAUUUCUACUCAAGCUUAAGAAGUUAACUUUGUCAAACACAAUGUUCGAUUGGAAAGAGGCGACUAAACUGGGCCAACUGCGAUGCCUGGAGGUCCUAAAGUUGGAAAAGGAGGCAUUCACAGGGAGUAUAUGGAAGCCGGAGGAAAAUGAAUUUCGGAAACUGCACAUCUUGUCGAUUCAUAGUGAUGACCUCCAUACUUGGGUGGCUUCAAAAUCUCACUUCCCCGAGCUUAGGGUACUUGUUCUUAAGUGUCCUCAGCUUGAGAGUGUGCCAGCUGAACUAUCUCAGCUUCUGCAACAGAGUUAAUUACUGGCCCUGAAAACAUGCAUGCUCUGAAAAGCAUCAAUUCUUUGCUCAUUUGUGUGAAGCUGAUCCCAGGGCCACUCAGUGAAGUUAAAAGGGAAGUUUGAUCAACUGGGAGCCCGGGAUCAUCGACAUAUAGCUAAAUAAUGCUUCUUUAAUAUACUCAUGUCACUGUGUCUCAUGCAUAUUUUCUUGUCAUCUUGUAAGAUCAUUACAAAUGAAGAGAGCUUCUUGUCUUUUGUUUAUUCAUGUUAGUUAAUAAUAAUAAGUCUCUUUAUGA